CUCUUGAUUUGGACGUGGCGACAUCUAAUUAGCGAAAGAACGCAGUGCUAAACUAGUUUAUAGCAACGUCUCCCUCCCGCCUCUCGGCCCAUCAUCAGGUGACCACGUUUGGCGAUUUUUUUGCGAUCGACUGCAAGUCUACACCACGUUAAUUGAGCCUCCACAUCCGGCAAUUUUUCGGAAAAUAAUGUGAUUAUCAAUCAUGAGGCUCUAUGAUGGUUUCACAGAAAUAUUGAAGAUUCAAAAAUUCAGGAGGCUAGUGUCCUAUACUGGAUUUUAUUGCUUCACUGCUGUCAUAGCCUAUGCCUAUACCAACAAUACAACUAGAGCUGGUUACUCAAGAGCUGACCAAUUCUAUGCGUCCUUCCCAUCUGGAACCGAGCUGUUGACUGACACCACUAAGUUAUAUAAAACUGCACUUGGCAAUUGCUUUGAAGUGGAAGAAUGGGGUCCGAUUGAGUACUGCAUCAUGGCUAAACACUUUGAGCGCCAAGGAAAAACACCAUAUGCUUAUCAUGCACAAUACAUGGCUCACCUUCUCUCUCUUGGACAACUUGAUGGAAGUGGCUAGCCAAAGAGUACAAAUUCCCACCACAUGGAUGAGUGGAAAACCUCUUACUAAUAUCAACAUGAAACGAUACUCAUGAAAUGUUUGAAGAUAUUUGGUGAUAAUCGACAGAAUGAAAAGUUUAGUGAUGCCAGUGCCCUCUAUGACAUAUGUGAAAUAUAAAACUGCUUCUAAAUUUUGUUAUCUCAUUGUACCACUGAGUUUCAGAUAUUCUACAUUAGGAAAAGGGGUUCUCAAUAAAAGAGAGUGAAAGAAUGGUAAGAGUUUCAUUCUCAGAUAUUUAUAGGCCAGUCUCAGAUGUUAUAUCUUGAUCUGGAGCUAACUAUGUUGCCAAUUUAGUUGGAGUUUUUAUGCUUGUAUGGUGAAUAGUUUUUUUUUUCUUUGGCUUUUGAA